UUCAAUCAAACUAUCCAAGUCGAAUUACGUCGACGUUGUCGACCACUUACCAAAUUACAACAAUGGCGUCGUAAUAUUUUUGAAUGGAUCGCUGCCAAAUCGUAUCAAAGUUCUUGCACUUUUGUUUGGAAAGAAGAACGCAUCUUUAUUUUGAGUGGAGCGGCCAACAAAUUUCAGAAACAUGACUAGCAUCUUAGACCUGAAAUUGGUUAUAAACCACCUUCUAAAUGGAGAUCUUGAAGAGAAUUUGUGUAGGAUUUGUUUUCAACCUCUUGCUGAACUUCGAGAGAGUAUAUUCACUAAAAUAAGCAAAGAGGAUCAAGAUUAUUGUAUUGCUGAUGUGCUAGAAGAAUUAUGUGGCAUUACGUUUGAAGAAACAGACAAAUAUUUUGUAUGUCUGGAAUGCUUCAGAAAUGCCUCAAAUGCGUACAGUUUUUGCUUAAAAACAAAGCGUAGCAAUGAAAUUUUUGGUUUUUAUGUUAAUGAGAUUGAGAGCUAUGCUAACUCCGUUGUAUUACCCGACUCUAUAGCCCUAGAUAGUUUAUGUAUAUCAUUACCGGAAUUCACUCCGUCAACACCCGAUUUUGAUUAUAAUUUAGACGGAGUUUUGAAACAGGUUAAUUCAGAAGCGAAUGUCCCUAAAGGUGUUGUUAAAAAGGAGAAACAAGAAGAAGAAGAUACCAUAGUUAUCAUUAAGAGCGAAAAUGGGUUGCAGACAUUUUACAAACCUCUUUUGGACGGUAGUCUUGUCCAGAUUAAUAUGGAGAAUAAGAAACCUAAUGUGGUUACCACAGAGAAGAAAAUGAGGAAGAAGCGAGAACCAAUGCUGUUUAAACAAUGUAGCCGAUGUCCAAUCAAGUAUAGAUUUGUUGCCAAAUUAAAGGAGCAUAUGAGAACAGAGCAUGGAAUAGUUUUGUAUGCAUGCAAGAUAUGUCAAGCUCUUAUGGAAGAUGAAUUUGAGUUCCGCCAACACCUGAAAACCCACACAAACGUACACCAAUGUGAACUCUGCGACACCAUAUUCCACAAACGAGAAACUAUGAUUGCCCAUAUUAAAUGGCACGAAUCUAAAAUGAAUACAGAUGCGAAUUAUGUUUGUAAGGUGUGUGGAGAAAUAACUAAUAGCGAAGAAGAAUUGCAGGAGCACAGUGACAAGAAGCAUUAUAAGAAUUAUACCUGUUAUUAUUGUGGUAGGAUGUACAAGGGAAAGAUCAGUUUUGAUAAACAUAUAGAGAAACAUGAGAAGUAUUUGAAUGGAAAAGCGUUGAAACAACUUAACCCAGUCAAAACAGAUGAACAGGCAAACGUGAAGAGGUUCACCUGUGAGACUUGCGGCAGAAACUUCUUGGGGGAGAGGGCGCUAGUGUGGCAUAAGAGACUGCACACAAACGAACGACCUUAUACCUGCGAAGAGUGCGGUCGCGGGUUCGUGUCGGAGAACCGGCGCAAGCAGCACAGCGUGUGCGCGCACUCGGCGCCCGCGCGCCGCUGCCCGCUCUGCCCCGCGCUCUUCCAUCUCCGCUCUAUGGUCAACACGCACAUCAAGAAGGUGCACCUAAAAGCCCACAAGCGUCGCAACCGGUCGAGCCGCCACCAGCGCGCGAUGUGGCCCACGCAGCCCGUGCCCAUCCAGGAGCUCAGCGUCGACAUACAGAACCAGAUCUUGGAGCUACAAGCCUCGGGGGAACACGAGUUUGAGGUAUAAACAACAAAAUUCUCAAUUUUUUUUGGAGAUUUGGAGAUAUAGAUGAAAUAAGACUUAUUGUAUAAGAAUCAUUGUACAGUGUAUAUGAAAUUAUGUGAGACUAGUCUGUAAUUAUAUUAACAGUAUUUUUUGAAAUAAAGUGUUUUAUUAACAAAAUGUGUAGAACCAUAUAUAAUAAUAUUUCAGGAAGUUUGACAAAGAUAUUGAAAUGAAAAACAAAUUCCUUUUUGUAUGUACAUUUAUUCCGCUUUUUUUGUUCAAUUUUAAAUAUUUUUUCGAGAUAUAUAUUUUAUAUAUAAUCAAUUGGCUAUCGUUAUAUACAACUUACAAUGUACGAGUGUCCUGAAGAUACAUUUGAGUCUUAUAACUAGGUGGAAUCAUUGUUUAAAUCUAAACAUCUAAGAAAAUCGUGUACGCACACAUGCUUAGAAAAAAAAUAUCCAUUUACCGCUGAGAAAAUAAUUUUGAAAGUAGAAGAAAUCUCUUUUCCUGUUGGUAUUUAGAUGUAAAUUAAAUUUAAACCGUAUUUGCCUAAAUCCGAUAACAAAACAACACGAAUAAAUCCGUAAAUACAGUUUAACGAUACACGUUUUGAUGUUUUCAUCCUAUUAAAUGUAGCCUAGCCCACGAUUACAGUCCAAAAGUCAGUAUUUAUCACACGACGUCAUAGAUUUUAAAUAUUAUGGAAAGUCGGAAAAAAAAUGUCUGCUGUUACUAGAGGUAUUGAUUUCAUUUUGUAAGUUUCAUUACAUUAAUGAACUGUAAUUUUGUUCCACUACUGCCGUGUCACAAUUUGCACCACUGUUAACAUCAAUCGGUUCUCAAUAUAUGAAAAAAUGCGCCGCUAAAACUGUUUUCGGACAGAGCAAUAAAUAAAACUUUAUGGAAACAUCAAUCUCAUAUAAAAGUAUUAAAAAUACAAUAAACAAUCGACAUUGCAAUUGUUACUAACACGAUAAUGUUUAUAUUUCUCGAUUAAAACGCGGAAUUAUUAUGUUUAUCUAGGUUCACAUAAAGUGCUCGCUCGAAGCUAAGAUUUAAGUACCUAUUUUUAAAUUAUCUAUACAAAUAAUUUAGGAAAUAUUGAUAUAAAAUGAAAAAGUGAGAAUUUUAACUAUUGAUUGUAUAAAAAGAAUAUUUAUAAUGUGAAAUUAAUAUAAAAGCAUUUAUUUAUUCAUCUGUUUUCAUUUUUUAAACCUAGACUUCUUGCGAUUUAAUUAAGUGAACGCGUACAAUGAGGUAAAAACAAAACACUAAACAAUUACUACACGACAUGUCCUCCACUUUGUACCUGUUUUUAUCAUUUGCAAGAAAUAUCAUUAAAAUAAUAGAAAUCAAUGCUAUUUACAAUGGCUAUUUAUUAUAAUAUAUAUACAUAAUAGUAUGGUAUGUGAAAGCUGAUAUUAUAAAAUCUAAACUAAAUGUUACUCAAUAAUUUAAAUAUAAGUAUUUUCGUAGUGGUUUCGUUUAUUUUAUCUAUGUUUUACACAAAUAUUUUUGCGAGUGUAAAAAUCAUCGUAAAAUCAUUGGGUAUAUUAUUUAAAAUGUAUUUUGGAAAUUGAUAGCACCUUACAUUUAUUUAUACUAUGUAUCAUAAAAAAAGAUAUCGACCUAAAAAAGUACACAAAUGGCGUUAAAAUUAUUAUUAUAUGGGUUAUACGGGGGGUGCGCGAUUUAAAACAUAUAUGUCACGCUUUUUCAAAAUAUCCCCUUAAAUAAAUAAAAAAAUGUGCCGUUAUGUUCUUUGUAAAAUUCUUACUCGGUUGCUGUUAAUAUUAGCUGAAUGCGCGGGAAUAAUCAGAAGCAAUUUGAAGCAGAGACGCCGACGAUCUAAUAAUGGGACUCUAAUAUACUGCGCGAUAAGGUUCUUUAUUGCAAUUUCGCUCCAAUAUCGAAUGUAAAUUAAAAUUUACGUUAUAACAUCAGAAUAAUUUGAAGACGUCUUUGUAUAAUAUUGACUUCGAAUAUGUUCGCGAUUGCAGAUUAUACCAAUAUACCGGUAUAUUUGGCAUUUUGUGUAACUUCGUUGAACGCUUUCGUUAUUGGGUGAAAUAUUAAAAUAAUAUUUCUUGCAAAUGUGAUUAGUAGGUGUAUAGUAAAAGCUGAUGAGAAAGAGACAGGACCCUUGAUUAACAACAAGAAUAGUUUCAGAAAUUAUUUUUAUGUUUUAGUUGAUCACACUCAAGUUUUCAACACUCGAAGAUAAUACAAAAUAUAUCAAAAACUACUGAUUUAUUUCGGUGGUACUAAUCAAGUCUACUAUCGUAAAUCAAAUAAAUAUAAAAUUAUUCUAAAACAAAUUUUUGCUCAAGACUUAAAACACGGGUGUAAUUAAUUUUUUUCCUGUUCUUCGAAAUUUCCGGAAAAUCCUUCGACAUUCCCUACACCCGGUACCGGAAAUAUUAGUUUCGUCUGUGUUGUCUGUCAGUCACCUAAUAGAAGAAUAAAACAUAAUAUUGAUACAAAUUUUGACGUGUAAAUUGAGAAUGUCUCAUACAUUCUCUUUCAGUCAGCUCUUACUAAAAAUAUUCAACUUACAUGCCCCGGCGACAGCGACCUGCAAGCAAACACGGGUGCAUACGUUUGUAUGUAGCGCUUAACAAACUUAAACUAUCCGUAUAAACCAAAUGGGACUGCUGAUUCUGUUCUUAAUAUUCUCGUAACAUAUAGUAAUUCGUGAUAUUAUUAAAAAGUUAAGUCCAGUGGACUUACGGUUAAAAUGUUAGAAAAAUAUACAUUAAGGCCGCAAUUAAAACAAAUGCAACCAUUUCAACCUAAUGUGGGUCGCAAACCUAACCUAGUUUGGGUAGGUAUGCUUUAAUUUCUAUAUUUUUAUCGAUCUAUGGUAGCCAUCCGGAUUUUUUAGUCCCGAAUACCCCUGAUGACUCUCAAGACUACACCUUGAUUUUUACAAGUCGAAGAAAAUUUUAUUUAAGUCACCAC